UAAAAUAAGCCAAUCACCUGAAAGAAGUUCUUCACGUGACCAAAUAAACAGUAUAGCCAAUCAGGUUCAUGAGUGUUACGAGACGUCUACGCGGAAAAAGCAAAUAUCGAAAGCACUGUGUUGAGCAGUUGAAGCUGAAGACUGAAUUAGGAAAGACUUGAUGGAAAACCCAUGUGAAUCCCAGCGUGUUGCUGGCACCAGCCAGACAGGACCUGCAGAAUGUGUAGAAGAGGCUCCCUCUAGUGGUUCUGCCAGACCAGGAGCCACUCAAAAAAGGAAAAGGAACUCAACAUCCAAAGAGACUGGUAAGAGGGCAAAGGUGAAAGGAAAGUCUGAGCCAGCACCCAAAGGGAAGAAGAAGAAAGCGCGCAAGACCGCCAAGUGGAACGCUCCGAGAUACACUAUCCAAGAAACCGACAAUGACAUGCUGCUGCUCAUCUCUGACGUGGACCAGUAUGAAGUGCAGAGGAGGACUAAGAGGAGAGCCAGGAAAGUGACAAAAACAGCCCCCAGGAGCAGUACCAAGCGUGCCACAGCUCCAAAAACAACUGUGAAGGCAGAAAGGAAGCGGGACAGUCCGCCCUCUGCAGGCUUGGUGGGAGUGAAACUGGAGGAACAGGCAUAUGGAAGCUGGGGAUUAAGACUUCCAGCUGAGAUCCUGGUGAGGAUUUUCCAGGUGGUGAUCAGUCGAGAUGGGGCUGUACCCUUUUUGUGCAGGGUCUCUCGGGUGUGCCGGCUGUGGCACGGUGCUGCCUCCAGCCCCGUUCUGUGGCGCAGCACAACACUUGGUUUCUGCUGGACUGAACCAGGCAAGCAGCAGUUGCUAAAAACACAAGUGAAGAUCCAGAACACUGUGAGCUGGCUGGCCCAGAACAGGUUUUCUCAACUCAGAGAGUUUGCCCUAUGCCACUGGAAGCAUCUUGUGAACUAUACUGUACAGACAAUUUCUCAGUUCUGCCCGCAUCUCACUUCGCUCAAACUGCAGGACUGUGCAGGUGUGACAUCAGAGGCUUUUCUGAGCCUUGCCAGUGGCUGCACCCAGCUGGCAAGCCUGAAUCUGCAGCAUUCACAGGUGCAUGUUCCAGACCUGAUAUCUUUUUUGGAAACGUACGGCAGUCGCAUCAAGCAGCUUCUCAUCACCUUUAACAGCAGAGUAAUGGCAUUGAUUAAUGCAAUUUCAAAAGGAUGCUGUCCUGAACUACAGCUGCUGGAGAUAGACAAUAAAUUUGUAAGAGACUCUCAUCAGCUUACACUCUGCAUAGAAACACUACAAACUGGCUGUCCAAAACUGCAGGUCCUCCGUCUCUUGAAUCAGACCUGGUUGCCCAAGGUGGUCCGCGGGGCUACUGUCUUCCAGUCAGGGUUUCCCCAGCUUGAAGAGCUGUGCCUGGCCACUUCCUCCUCCUCGUCUGUGGAAGAGCAGGUUCUGCACAGGCUGCUCCAUGGCUCUCCCCGCCUGCGAGUCCUGGACCUGCGAGGCUGUUACCGGGUCACCCCUGCGGGCCUCGCCACGCUGCCCUGCAAAGAGCUGGAAUGUCUGUAUUUGGGGCUCUAUUGCAGCAGCAACAACCUGACAUUGCCUAAGGAAGGGAGCCACCUGCUGACAGGGAGGUGGAACUGCACCCUGCUGGAGCUGGAUCUCAGAGGCCAGGCCUUCUCUGAGGAGGACCUGGAGAUUGCCAUGGCAAAGCUGACAGGGGGGGAAGGCAGCAGCCCACUGCGCUCUCUUAACCUAGAAGGGACCAAGGUUCCCCUCAGUGCACUCAGACUGGUUAUCACCCUGUGCCCUCAGCUCACAUACCUCAACCUAACAUCCUGCCGAUAUCUUCCCCGUGGGCUGAAAAGGGUCUAUCGAGGACAGGAAGACAUCCAGCUGCUCUAUGACAGGCUGAUGAAAAGCACACAGGUAGAUGUGGAUGACUGAGUGAUCUGCAUUGAGGACAGUGGCAGGCAGUGACCCAUUCAUCCUGAAGUAUGAAGAACUGAAGGAGGUCAUUUAGGUGUAACAGCUGAUGCAGCACGACGUUGGCUGGGCUUGAGGCUCGGGUGAACCCUCCUUCCAAGACUCCUGUUAUCAAACUACUGGAUUCUUUGCUUUAAUUAAAUAAUUGGACGUUGACUAGGUGAUUAGUUCAACAUUUGGUAGAUUACAAAUAUCAGUCCUGAGAAAACAAGAGCUAUGUGGAUAUUCAGUAAGAAAAAAAAUUGUAAAAUCUGUUUGAACUUUGAGGACAAUGAGACUGUAUAGCCAGAACGUUUGUUAUUGAAUUUUGUUUCCCUCGGUGUUACUAUAAUUUGAAAGGAAAUAAGAAGUAAAUCAAUAAAAAAUUGAAAA